CAAGGAGGAAGAACGUGAAACAAAAGGCUCCAACACGUUAAGACGCAGCCGAACAGCUGCUGUUCAUAAUCAGUCGGAGCGGAGACGCCGAGAUAGAAUCAACGAAAAGAUGAAAGCUCUGCAGAAGUUGGUGCCAAAUGCAAGUAAGACAGAUAAAGCAUCAAUGUUGGACGAAGUCAUAAAGUACUUAAAGCAGCUUCAAGCACAAAUUCAGUUAAUAAGCAGUGCAAGAAACAUGGAGUCUCAAAUGAUGAUGCAAUUAUCUCUAGGAAUGCAAUUACCACAUAUUCAGAUGCCUUUGCUAGCAAGAAUGGGCACGGGUGUCAAUCUUGACAUGACAUCAGGAAUGCUUAACAAUAUGACAGCUAAUUUAGCUCGAGCUGCUGCUGCUGCUGCAACAACUCCUCAUCAGUCCCUUAAUGCUCCCUUCAUUUAUCCAACCUCAAUUGCUACUUCCU